AUGUUUAAAAUCCUACUGUGCGCUUUUCUUGGCGGCAGCGCCUCGUGGUUGUAUCUUCAGCAGAAGUGCGCAGAGAGCAACUACUUCCGAGCAGGCGAACACUUGAUCACCAACGUGAUCAGAAGUCAUUCGCUUCCAAGUUUAUACGAGGCCGAUAUCGAUAGUCUUGCAGAAGGCCUCGAACGCAACGAGUUUACUAGUGUCGAUUUGACCUAUAUUGCCCGAAUCAAUGAAGUGAAAAGCAUCCUACACGCGGUCACCGAAGUGAAUCCCGAUGCUUUAGCUAUUGCCUCCGCGCUCGACAAGGAGCGUUCAGGUGGCAUAGUUCGCGGUUCCCUGCAUGGAAUUCCUAUUUCAAUCAAAGACACGAUUGUCACAAACGGUAAAUUGAACAACACUGUUGGGUCAUACGCUCUCGUUGGAGCCAAGGUACCUACAGAUUCAACGGUCGCGAAGAAGCUUCGAGAAGCAGGAGCCAUCAUUUUGGGAAAAAGGAUCCUAGUGAAUGGGGCAACUUCAGAAUAUCUCUCAAUUCCAGCAACGGCUGGUCGGCUUAUGGCGGACAAACCUACGGGCCUUUAUAUCCUCACCAGGAUCCCUCCGGUAGCUCGAGCGGCAGUGCGGUGGCAGCUGCUCUGCUUGGGUGGUGAGACCUCCGGCUCCAUAAGAGAUCCCGCUAAUUACAACAACAUUGUUGGAAUGAAGCCCACUGUGGGAAUGGUGUCGCGUCAUCUCGUGAUUCCCAUCAGCCAGCACAUGGAUACCAUUGGCCCGAUGACUAAAACUGGGAAAGACUUUGCCUAUGUACUACAAACCAUCGCCGGCAUUGACCCGUUCGACAACUAUACUUCUGCUAUUCCGUGUCAGACUGAUAUGGAUUUUGUUCGCGCUUGCAAUCUCUCGGCUCUUACUGAUGUUCGGUUGGGCGUACCACGCAAUGUUAUAUCUCUCAUGUCGACUAAUAGCACACAGUCGGUCAUUGAGGAAUUCGAGAAGUCAUUAGAUGUUCUGCGUUCCUCUGGCGCUACCAUAGUUAACGACACCGACUUUACGGCUGCAGAAGACUACAUUGAUGACGAACUACUCAGCGGCGAAAUCAUGGGUGGUGAUUUCGUUGUCAACAUCGCGCAAUAUCUGAAUCAGCUGGCCUACAAUCCGCACAGCCUUACAAAUCUUGUCGACUUGCGCCAAUGGACUCAGUCAAGCCCUUUGGAGGGAUACCCGCGCAAACCCACAGAACUCUGGGAUGCUUCGUUGUAG